GGAGACUUAAGUUGAUUUUUUUACCCAAUCUAUCCUCGAAUUCCAGUUCUUUGUUUUUUUCCCCUCGUUUAUUUCUUGCUUCUCGCCGUAUCCUAACAACGACCCGGCGAGUUUGAUCGCUUAUCGUGAUUCUGAAUAUCCGAGCCGAGCCAGUAUGGUUCUGGUCAAGAGCUUUGUGCUCGCCGGCCUGGCCGCCCUCGUGGCCGCCAAGUCUGCCGUCCUCGACCUCGUCCCGUCCAACUUCGACAAGGUCGUCCUCAAGUCGGGCAAGCCCACUCUCGUCGAGUUCUUCGCGCCCUGGUGCGGUCACUGCAAAAACCUCGCCCCCAUCUACGAAGACUUGGCUCAGGUUUUCGCCACGUCCAAGGAUGUGCAGAUUGCCAAGGUCGACGCCGACGCCGAGAGGGACUUGGGCAAGAAGUACGGCGUCCAAGGCUUCCCCACCCUCAAGUGGUUCGACGGCAAGAGCGACAAGCCGAUCGAUUACGAAGGCGGCCGAGAUCUCGAGAGCUUGACCAAGUUCGUAACGGAAAAGAGCGGCGCCAAGGCCAAGAGGAAGCUGGAGUUGCCCAGCCAGGUGAACAUCUUGACCGACUCUACCUUUAAAGAGACCAUCGGCGGUGACAGGAACGUCUUCGUGGCCUUUACGGCUCCCUGGUGCGGUCACUGCAAGGCUUUGGCUCCUACCUGGGAAACCCUGGCCGAGGACUUCAUCAACGAGCCGAGCGUUGUGAUCGCCAAGGUCGACGCCGAAGCCGAAAACAGCAAGGCCACCGCCAACGACCAGGGCGUCGCCUCCUAUCCGACCAUCAAGUUCUUCCCCAAGGGCUCGACUGAGGGCGAGCUCUACUCUGGCGGCCGAACCGAGAAGGAUCUCAUCGCCUUCCUCAACGAGAAGGCCGGCACUCACCGUGUUCCCGGCGGUGGUCUCGAUGCCGUCGGCGGCACCAUCGACGUUCUCAACCGCAUCGCCGCCAAGUACGCUGCUGGCAGCGGGAAGCUGGCCGAUCUCGUGGCUGAAACCAAGAAGGUCGUUGCCGGCCUCACGGAAGACGCGAGGUACAAGUACGCUCAAUACUACCUCAGGGUGUUCGACAAGCUGUCGCAGAACGAGGGCUACGUUGCGAAGGAGGCGGCGCGCUUAGACGGUAUCAUUAGGAAGGGCGGUCUCGCGCCUUCUAAGCUCGACGAGCUACAGAGCAAGACCAACAUCUUGAAGCAAUUCGUUCCCAAGUCCGAGGAGGAGGCUGAUGAAAAGGAGGAGCUGUAAAUCCCUGGUUGCAAGACGUGUUGGCGUGUAUGAAGAACAAGAUAAUGAACACAAAAAACAAACGUUCAUCUCGUAUUGCUCACC